AUGCAGCGCGUCCUUGGCGAGACGUCACCGUACUGCCAAAUCGAUGGCAGCGUGCUCACGGAGCACUUUAAAAAGAUCUAUGCUAAAUCUGACUUCUCUCUUUCAGAUGCACCAGCUGCUGUCCCGGACUUUGCCGCCACCACGCCUCCUGAUGUCAGCGAGGAGAUCCUGCUGCCGAUCACACCUUCAGAGGUGCAACAGCGGCUCCAGAAGGCGAGCAAUACUGCUCCUGGGGCAGACGGAGUCACCCACUCGGACUUGCGACGUGAGGAUCCUGGCUGCCACGUGCUAGCUAAGAUCUUCUCGCGCUGCUGGAAAGAGCGGAAGACUCCGGUGCAGUGGAAAAUAUCCACUACCGUCCUCAUCCACAAGAAAGGGGACGUCUCGGACGUGACAAACUGGCGGCCUUUAGCAUUGAGCUCUACCAUCUCUAAGCUCUUUGCUGCAAUCGUUGCGGACCGCACAUCUCUCUGGGCGGAGCGGUUGAACCUGCUCUCCCCAGAACAGAAGGGCUUCCGCACGUUUGAAGGCUGCUACGAGCACAACUUCAUUGUGCAGACGGCAAUUGAUGAUGCAAGGCGCAGGGGAGGCCAAGCAUGCUUUGCUUGGCUUGAUCUGGCGAAUGCUUUCGGUUCAGUGCCUCACGCUCACCUCCUUGGAGUACUGAGCAGGAUGGGACUACCAGAGCAAUUGCAUCAUCUAAUUGCCGACAUGUACGAUGGUUGCUCCACCCGCGUCCGUACAUCUGAUGGACUAACGGAGGAGAUAGAGAUCCAGGCAGGGGUCAAGCAGGGCUGUCCACUGUCGCCCAUCGUCUUUAAUCUCGCGCUCGAGCCGGUACUUCGCGCCGCAACCUCACUCAGAAAUGAGUGUGGUAUUCCGCUUAGCGGCGUCAGUGUGAGUGCACUGGCGUAUGCGGACGAUAUCGUGCUUCUGGCGCGGGAUUCAGAGGCGAUGCAGACGCUCCUCAAUGUUGUGGGUGAGGCGGCGACGUGGGCCGGGCUUACCUUCAAGCCGUCGAAGUGUGCCACGCUUCACAUCCGCCGUCGGCAGACACUAGGCUCGGUAUUCGCCCUGCAAGGUGGAGAACCAGCCGUGCUCGGUGCGGGUGACGCCUACCUCCAUCUUGGCGUUCCCACCGGGUACAAAGUCACGCAGACGCCAACGGAUGCGAUCGCGGCAAUUCGGCGCGACUUGCAGCACCUGGAUGCUUCCCUGCUGGCUCCCUGGCAGAAGAUUGACGCUGUGCGUGUCUUUCUCCUCCCUAGGCUUGACUUUGUCAUGCGGGGCGGAGCGGUACGCAAGGGGCCGCUAUCUGCACUCGACAAGGCAGUGAAAGCGGCUGUCAAAUCUUGGCUGUUCCUCCCACAGCGUGCGUCCACCGAACAGCUGUACCUCGCGCUGGGAGAGGGAGGAUGCGGCCUGACGCCGCUCGCGGACGCUGCGGACAUCUCGACGAUCGUCCACGGCUUCCGCAUGCUUCACUGUGACGACGCCACCGUCCGCGACAUCGCCUGGGCCACACUAACUACGGCCGCGCGCCGCCGACUGGGGAGGGAGCCGAGUCGUUCCGACUUGGCCACCUACCUUAGCGGCAGCACUGAGGGCGACCUCGCACGCGACGGAGGUGACAUCCAGUCACUGUGGACGCGCGUCAGGAACGCCACAAGGCGCCUAGCGCCGCGUGGCGUCACCUGGCGCUGGAGUGAACUGCUCUGUGAGUUGCAGGUGGAGGUCGGCGGCCGACCCGCCAUCGCUGACGACGCGGAACACGGCGGCAUCGGAGGGGUGACGCAGCCGGCCACGGAGGGGACGGCGCCUGGGACUACACGACACCUCGAAGAUGGCGGCGAUGGACCGCAGCACGAUGAUGACAGCGUGGGACGCACCGCCAACACUGGCGUCGAGCAUGUCCGGGUGGGAGGGGGCGCCAAACGUCUUCUCUCGCGGACGCUCCGCGAGUGUCUGAGGCAGCGCCUGCGCCACAUCCUACUCAGGAAACCGGACCAGGGGAAGGUGUUCGAGUGCACCAGGGAAUCCACAGCGUCCAACCACUUCAUAGCGGGAGGCAAAUACACCCGCUUCGCAGACUGGCGCUUUAUCCAUCGCGCCAGGCUCGGAGUCGUGCCUCUGAACGGUUGUCGCCGCUUUGAUGGGCGGGCAAACAACAACAAAGCCUGCCGACGCUGUGGCCACAACAACGAGACGCUCCCGCACGUGAUUAACGCGUGCAUGGUGCACUCAGCAGCCCUGCAGUAUCGCCACAACGCGGUCCUCAACCGCCUCGCGACAGCAGUCGCAGGGCGGCCAAGAAGAGGAAACACUGCUGUUCCUGACAUCAGGAUCAACCAAGCCGUCAUAGGGGACAGCAGUGGGCUGCGUCCGGACCUCGUAAUAACCGACGAGGCCGCGAAGUCUGUGACCAUCGUCGAUGUGACGAUCCCCUUUGAAAAUAGGCGGAUUGCGCUCGACAACGCUCGGCAACUGAAGAAGAUAAAAUACGCCGACGUUGCGCGCGGAUUAGCCGCUCGCGGCUAUUCUGUCACUGUCGACGCCCUGGUUGUCGGCAGUCUGGGGGCGUGGGACCGCCAGAACGAUGCAGUGCUUCGGCACCUAGGCAUCGCUAGCCGCUACUGCCAACUGAUGCGGCGGCUGAUGGUGUCUGACACCAUCAAGUGGUCCCGCGACAUUUACGUGGAACACAUUACUGGCCACCGCCAGUAUGUGUCCCCCUAG